AUGUCAACUGCCUUUGGGAAUACUCGAUCUUGUGCUCCCAGCAGCGAUCACCAUUCAGCAAAUAGUAGCUUCGAAUACACAGAGAAUAUGCGGCCUCCUACCACUGUCAAUGCAUCUCGCAAUGUCCCAAGAUUACAAAGAGACCAAGCGAAAAAACAUGGUCCUGAUCAAUCAUUUGACGCUAUCAGCCGUUUGUCUCGCCGUCAGACGCCACCCCAAUCAUACUUCAAGCAAGUAAAGGGCCCUUUCGAUUCAAAUAACGACAAAAUCAGCCAAUCGGUUCGAGAUGCCUUUAUUCCUCCACGACACAAUUUUGUCAACAAGAAGAACUCGCAAAAAAACAGAUUAAAGGAAAAUGGUACUAUAACUCCCUCUAAUAUCGUAUUUGAGCUUGGUCAAAACGAUAUUGUAUGCGGGCGCGGUGCCCCGUCUAACCUGCAUGAAGGAAACCAAAUGUUUCGGGAGUUGGCGGAAGAGCACCAAGCAUCCUAUCUUUGUUCCAAGCGUGCUGAUAAGCCGAAAAUUGCUAUGCUGGUUAUGGAAGAAGUUCAAGCUCGCGGGGGGCGCUUUGUCCGCCGAGUCAAGACGACAACAAAUGGCCGAUCUUUUGGGUGGGAAGAACUGGAAGAAAAGCGAUCAUACGAAAAAGUGUGUCAAGUACUUCGGGAAGGAGCUCCUGAGAUUCGUCGGAAGAUGUUGUCGUGCAGCAAACUUCGAGAAAAGACGCAUCAGAACGACCAGGCGUCAUCAGAGCGACUACUCCCGGUUUUCCAAGGAAGCUACUCUUGUCGUUACGACUUUUAUCAAUAG